CUCGCAAACAAAUCACUUCUUCGUCUUUGCUCUGUUCAUUCCUCUUUGUGAUUCUUCCGAGAUGCCCCCCCAAACCAGAAGGAUGUUAUUCCCAAAUGUCGUGAUCGAGAGAGACGACGAAUCGGAAGAAAGUUCUUCGGAGGAAGAAGCACCGAGCGACGACCAUAGCGACGGCGUGGAAGAUGAAGAUGAAGAAGGAGAAGAAAUCGAAGAGGUUCAGAAUGGAAGAAACAGCGUCGAAGAGGCCUCUGUGUCUGCGGCGAAGAAGAAAGGGAAAGCUCCGAUCACUAUCAGCCUUAAGAAAGUCUGCAAAGUGUGCAAGCGAACGGGUCAUCAAGCGGGAUUCCAGGGGGCCACUUACAUUGAUUGCCCUAUGAAACCAUGCUUUCUCUGCAAAAUGCCUGGCCACACUACAAUGACUUGCCCACAUCGAGUUGCUAGUGAGCAUGGGGUUGUCCCAGCACCUCGGAAAAACUCGGGUAGCGCGUUGGACUAUGUAUUUGAACGCCAGCUGAGGCCCAAAGUCCCCACAAUCAAGCCAGAUUUUUUGAUUCCAGAUCAGGUGAACUGUGCAGUGAUCAGAUACCAUAGUAGAAGAGUUACGUGCUUGGAGUUUCAUCCAACUAAUAAUAACAUUCUGUUAUCUGGAGAUAAGAAAGGACAACUUGGGGUUUGGGACUAUGGUAAAGUACAUGAGAAGACAGUAUAUGGGAGCGUACAUGAUUGCUUACUUAACAACAUGAAGUUCAACCCCAUGAAAGAUGGAACAGUAUAUGCUGCGUCCUCUGAUGGAACCAUCAGUUGCACUGAUUUGGAGACUGGAAUUUCAUUGUCGUUGAUGGACCUUAACCCUAAUGGAUGGCAGGGCCCGAGCUCUUGGAGAAUGCUUUAUGGGUUGGAUGUCAACGCUGAGAGAGGUGUUGUGCUUGUUGCAGAUAACUUCGGGUUUCUAUAUAUGGUGGAUAUUCGCUCCAGCAACAAAGUAGGGAAGGCUAUUUUGAUCCAUAAGAAAGGAAGCAAAGUUGUGGGACUACAUUGCAAUCCAGUUGAGCCAGAUCUUUUUUUGAGUUGUGGGAAUGAUCAUUUUGCUCGUUUGUGGGACAUGCGUUGGUUAGAAGGUGGAUCUUCUCUUUACAGUCUUCCCCACAGACGUGUAGUUAACUCUGCAUAUUUUUCUCCACAUAGUGGAAGCAAGAUACUUACUACAUCACAGGACAACCGUCUUCGAAUAUGGGAUAAUAUCUUUGGCAAUUUGGACUCCCCAAGUCGAGAAAUUGUUCAUAGCCAUGAUUUCAAUAGACAUUUGACUCCUUUUCGGGCUGAAUGGGAUCCAAAGGAUCCUACAGAGUCCCUUGUGGUCAUUGGGCGAUACAUAAGUGAAAAUUAUAAUGGAGCCGCUUUGCAUCCCAUUGAUUUUAUAGAUGUUAGCACUGGGCAACUUGUUGCUGAGGUUACUGACCCCAACAUUACUACUAUCAGUCCUGUCAACAAGUUACAUCCACGGGAUGAUGUAUUGGCUUCUGGUAGUUCAAGAUCUCUUUUCAUAUGGAGGCCCAAGGAGAGGACAGAAGCUGAGCAACCGAAGGAUGAAAAGAAGAUUGUUGUUUGUGGAAAGGCUGGUAAGAAACUGAACAAGAGGCUUGCCGGUGAAAGUGAUGAUUCUGAUAAUGAAUUUUCCACAAUCAAGGGCAAGAACUCCAGAUCUGGAAAAGCUGGACCGAAAACAUUUCGUCGCGGUAUUAAGAUCAAGGAUUAAACUUAUGAAUGCGAUUACCGGAAGAUAAACAGUAGCAGGACAGCUAGCUAGACUCGCAAAAUUUUUGAGGCAGCAACCGCAAGUCCCCAGCUACCGAACUGAACUUUUUUUGUUACUGUUGUCUACGGAUUAGGCCCACGUUUGGUGGCUUAUGAUUAGGCAAUACGUAGUUUUUGUAACAAUGGACAUCCUCUUUUUGGUGCUUUUGUGAAGAUGUACGAAAGACUCGACUAUGCUUCACAACCAUCCUGGCCUGAACUAAUUCCAGCCUCUAGAUUUAGAUUUGAUAAUAGGAUUAUUAUAAAAUGUAGUAGGUUGCAUCCAGAUUUGUACAUAUACUUUUAACUAUGAAAUUAUGGGUUUUUUUUU